CGCGGUACCUUCGAAGCGCAUCACAUUUAUUGCUCACUACGUUGGUUUAUACGAUUCCUUUUUUGCUCAAGGCUUUAAGUAUCUAAGAGAAUAUUUCAAAUAACAUCAAUGACGCGAUCGGAAACAAAACUUCCGACGGUUGAUCGCAUUGUGACAAGUGUACCUCCUCCUCCUAGUAAAUUAAUGCCUUCCAGCACAGUGUUCGAUUCUAAAGGUCGUCCACAAUUGGAUAUUAUUGGACCACAUUUAAUUGCUGAAGGUCGAUUAACAGAAGAAGCAAUAUUAAGAAUUAUUACGGAUGCUUCAGCUAUAUUAAAAUCUGAAAAAACUAUGCUUGAAUUAGAGGCUCCAAUUACAAUUUGUGGAGAUAUACAUGGUCAAUUUUAUGAUUUAAUGAAACUUUUCGAAGUUGGAGGUCCUCCUGAAACAACACGUUAUCUAUUUCUUGGUGAUUAUGUUGAUCGAGGUUAUUUUAGCUUAGAGUGUUUAAUUUACUUGUUCAGUUUAAAAAUUCUACAUCCACGUAGUUUAUUCCUUUUACGUGGGAAUCAUGAAUGUCGUCAUUUAACACAAUAUUUUACGUUCAGACAAGAAUGUAUCAUGAAGAGUACAGAACGUGUUUAUGAUGCAUGUAUGGAGGCAUUUGAUUUUCUACCAUUAGCUGCAUUGAUCAAUCAACAAUUUUUAUGUGUACACGGUGGUCUAUCACCUGAAUUGCAUACAUUAAAUGAUAUUCGUAAGUUGGAUCGAUUUAAAGAACCGCCAGCAUUUGGUGCAAUGUGUGAUUUAUUAUGGGCUGAUCCAUGUGAAGAUUUUGGUCAAGAGAGAAAUUCCGAACAUUUCAGUCAUAAUACAGUUCGUGGAUGUUCUUAUUUCUACAGUUUUAAUGCUUGUUGUCAUUUUUUACAAGCUAAUAAUUUAUUAUCAAUAAUACGAGCACAUGAAGCUCAAGAUGCUGGUUAUCGAAUGUAUAGAAAAAGCCGACAAACUGGAUUUCCUGCUUUAAUUACAAUUUUCUCUGCACCAAAUUAUUUAGAUGUUUAUAAUAAUAAAGCUGCUAUAUUAAAAUAUGAAAAUAAUGUCAUGAAUAUACGUCAAUUCAAUUGUUCACCUCAUCCAUAUUGGUUACCGAAUUUUAUGGAUGUAUUCACUUGGUCAUUACCAUUUGUCGGUGAAAAAGUUACUGAAAUGUUAGUCAGUGUACUUAAUAUAUGUUCAGAUGAUGAAUUAUUAUCGGAUACACCAGAAGAUGAAUCACAAAUUACAGCACGUAAAGAUGUGAUACGGAAUAAAAUUCGGGCGAUUGGUAAAAUGGCUCGUGUAUUCACUGUUUUGAGAGAGGAAAGUGAAACUAUACUUGAACUCAAAGGACUUACUCCAACUGGUAUGCUUCCAUUGGGAGCAUUAGCCGGUGGUCGAGAAGCUAUCAAAGCUGUUUCUGGAACAUGGACACCGCAUAAAAUUCAAUGUUUUGAAGAAGCUAAAGCAUUUGACAAAGUCAAUGAACGUAUGCCACCUCAUUUAGAUUCAAAACAACAAUGUUGGCCGUAUUCUUCUUCGACACCAACAACGAAUACUAAUACAAAUACUAAUAAUACUGCUUCUGGACAAGAUGACGCAAUGAAAUUAUCCAAUUCACAUAUUAAAAUUAUUCAUGAUUCAAUUUUAAAUGAAAAUAAUAAUAAUAAUAAUACUGAUGAUGAUGCUUUACUAACAUUGAAUUCACAAAAAUCCUCUAUGCCGAGACCACCGUCAAUUUGUGAAGAACGUUCAUCCGAUGAUGAUGCUGAUGCUGAUGAGGCUGGUGAUUCUGAUGUGGAUAAUAAAGUUAAAUCGGAUGAUAAAAAAAAAUCAAAGUCACAAUUCGAUUCCGUUCGUACAUUGUCGAAUUCAUCAAAUCAAUCGACUAGUUCUUCUAUUACUAGUACUACUACUCCUUCUACGUCUACUACUACUACAAGUAGUAGUAGUAGUAGUAGUACACCACAAUCUAGAACAGUUAUCACACGAAUAACACCGACUAAACAAAAAUAAUCAAGAAACAAUCAUUCAAAUGCUUCCAUAGAAUAUUCUCAAUUCUCAAUUCUACAUAAUCUUUGUUGAAAAUCCAUCCAACCCACAUAUAUAUAUAUAGAGAGAUAUAUAUUACAUAAUCGUUAUAUAUACAGAUAUAUAUAUUAUGUAAUUCAUACUCUUUCCUUCAUUUUUUUUCUCUCCGAUUGGUUGGUUGCGUUUUAUUUUCUUUUUUCUCUUGUUUGUCAAUUGUUUUUGUGUUUUGUUUUUUUACUAUUGUUGUCGUUUGUCCGCUUCAUAAUGAUGAUGAUCGACAAUCGAUGAUCGACAAUCGAUAAUCGAUAAUUGAUAAUUGACAAAGUUUUCUCUCCCUCUCUCUCCCUCCCUCCGUUUUUUUUUUUCAAAAUUUAGCUCAUUCCGUUUAUUGGUGUGUGUGUGUGUUUAUUUUUACUCUUUGCUAAUUUUUUUUUGUGUACAUUUCCUCCUCUAUGGUGUAUUUUCUCGUUUGUUUUGUGUUUGUUUUGAGGUGUGUGUGUGUGUGUAGAAUUUUUAAUUGAAAUCAAUGUGUGUGCUGCCGUUGUCCGACUUUCCCGCCCUCCGCCCUCCGCCGGCCACCUGAUGAACUAAUCGUUGAACUAGGAAAACACUAGUAGCUACGUUAUUCUACCCAAUGUCUCAAUGUAGACAACACAAUCAAUCUACACUGCUUUUCUUGGAUACACUGAUACGGAUACUGAUGACGAUAAUGUAUGUUAAUCAUAGCAAUGUCAGCAUUUUCCUCAAAUGACAGAAUACACUUAAUCUAGUUGAUACAAGUGUCUAUUUUUUUUGGUUUGUCUUGUGUAAAAAUGAUUACACACUGUAUGCACAAAACACAGCAACAACUACAACUACAACAAUGAUAAUCAUAAUAAUCCGCUAUAAAUCUGUACCCAAAAAACAAAGAAACCAAAAACUAACACAAAUUUUUGUUUUUAUAUACGCUCAGUAUUUCUUUUAUUUUUGGUUUUAGCAA